AUGGAUCCUCUUUCGGGUGUAGCAAGUGUUAUCGCAGUUAUCCAGUUAACCGGAGGUAUCUUACAAAUAUGUGGAAAAUAUCUCAAUAACGUCAAGAACGCGAAGCAGGAUAUUCAGCGUUUCCAAGAGAAGGUCGCCGCCCUUUCCCAAGUCCUUCACUCUCUCGAUGGGCUGAUCCGUGGAUCUGAUGGCAACAAACUUACUGCUACGCAAGACCUGGUCGAUAAUAUUGCCAAAUGCUCCUCAGCACUUACAAAUUUGAAAGAGAAAAUCAAUCCGGAAACGACGCAGAGAAAGAUGAGGAAAUGGGGCCUUCGAGCCUUAAAAUGGCCACUGGCACGGUCGGAGGUAGAUUCUGCUAUCAUGGAGCUUGAGUCGUAUAAAACAACAUUUACUUUAUCCUUGCAGGUUGAUCAAACGAGAUUUACCAACUCGAUACACAAAAAGAUAGACCUUAGCAGGUUACAGAUUGCAAAACAAGCAGCAUUCGACUCCUACGAUAACCAACAUAGUGAAUGUCUCCCGGGGACCCGGAUUGACCUGCUUCGAGAUAUCGAAGAGUGGGCAAAAUCGCCACACGGAAAAUGCAUAUUUUGGUUACACGGCAUGGCAGGGACUGGGAAAUCAACAAUCUCCCAAACAGUUGCAAGCCGUCUUCAAGAGCAGCAGCUUCUUGGGGCCAGCUUCUUCUUUCGGAGAGGUGAAGAGGACAGAGGGACAGCAAAAAAGCUUUUCCCGACAUUGACCGAGCAAAUGGUCAUCAGAGUACCUCAAAUGCUGCCUCGAGUUCAAAAGGCAAUUGAUGAUGACCCUAAUAUUUCGGAAAAAGUGUUGAGAGAACAAUUUGAAAAGCUUCUACUGGAACCACUGUGUGGAAUUGAGCAGCGCGAAGAGACCACAAGAAGAGUGAUCGUGAUUGAUGCUCUAGAUGAAUGCGAUUCAGAAGAUGAUAUUGGGAUUAUUCUCCGGCUCUUGCCACAAGUUCGAAAGUCAACUUCUGUGCAACUACGGAUUUUAUUGACAAGCAGACCUGAGUUGCCGAUCAGGCUAGGCUUCGAAAGGAUCACCGAUGCCCACCAGGAUUUAGUCCUCCAUGAGAUCGAAAAGCCUGUGAUAGAGCAUGAUAUAUCCUUGUAUUUUGAGGAUCAGUUCCUACGCCUAAAACAGAGGCGCUCAUUUCCACCAGACUGGCCCGGAGCCGCAGCUACCAAGAUAUUGGUUGAUAGGGCCGUCCCUUUGUUCAUUGCAGCUGCUACCAUAUGUCGUUUUAUCAGUGAUGUAAAAUGGAACCCUCAAAAGCGACUUAAGGCGAUAUUGACAGACCAAUCAACCUAUGUGUCUAAGAUGGACAGCACCUAUGUUCCCGUGCUAAAGCAACUUCUCACUGGCCAGAAUGAAACAGAGUCACGGAAAUUACUCGAAGAGUUCAAGGAGAUAGUCGGGGUGAUCAUUAUUCUUGUCACUCCGCUCUCGAUCAACUCCCUUAGCCACCUAAUAGACAGAGAGUCAGAUGAUGUCAAAUGUCGAUUAGACCAGCUCCACUCAGUGCUCAGUGUACCAAACAAUUUCGACACACCAGUUAGGAUCCUCCAUCUGUCAUUCCGAGAUUUUCUCUUGGAUCACCGUGAAGACGAAAGCAAAUUUUGGAUCGAUAAAAAGUAUGCAAACCAGCGUCUUGCAGAACGAUGCUGUCAGAUCAUGCAGGACAGUCUGGAGAAAAACAUCUGCAAACUGCAAAGCGAAGGCAUACAAAGGAAUGAAAUUACCAAUGAUUCGAUUCAGCAUUAUAUACCUCCCGAACUGAAAUACGCCUGUCGAUACUGGGCACAUCAUCUGGUGCACUUUUUGCACUGGGUGGAAGCAAUGAGCCUGCUCGGCCUUACGUCAGUAGUAUCAGCAAUUCUUGAUAUCCUCCAAACGGCCGUAUCGGGUAACAACUCUUCCCUGAUUUCGGAUUUCCUUCACGAUGCAAAGCGCUUUAUUCUGAAAAAUCGCCAAGUAGUUGAUCAAGCCCCCCUGCAGGUUUAUUGUGCAGGACUUAUAUUUGCACCCCGAACGGGGAUAAUCCGUAGAGAGUUCAAGCAAGAGCUUCCCACUUGGAUAUGUCAGUUACCACAAGUUGAGGAAGGAUGGAGCGCGCUCACUCAGACCCUCGAAGGCCAUUCAAGUUCGGUUGAAUCAGUGGCCUUCUCGCUCGACGGCCGCCUGCUAGCGUCCGGCUCUUGGGAUAACACAGUGCGACUCUGGGACCCGGCGACGGGCGCGCUCACUCAGACCCUCGAAGGCCAUUCAAAUAUAAUUCGAUCAGUGGCCUUCUCGCCCGACGGUCGCCUGCUAGCGUCCGGCUCUUGGGAUAACACAGUGCGGCUCUGGGACCCAGCGACGGGCGCGCUCACUCAGACUCUCGAAGGCCAUUCAGAUUGGGUUGAAUCAGUGGCCUUCUCGCCCGACGGCCGCCUGCUAGCGUCCAGCUCUGGGGAUAACACAGUGCGGCUCUGGGACCCGGCGACGGGCGCGCUCACUGAGACCCUUAAAGGCCAUUUAAGUAUAGUUAGAUCAGUGGCCUUCUCGCCCGACGGCCGCCUGCUAGCGUCCGGCUCUGGAGAUAAGACAGUGCGGCUCUGGGACCCAGCGACGGGCGCGCUCACUCAGACCCUCGAAGGCCAUUCAGAUUGGGUUAAAUCAGUGGCCUUCUCGCCCGACGGCCGCCUGCUAGCGUCCGGCUCUCGGGAUAACACAGUGCGACACUGGGACCCGGCGACGGGCGCGCUCACCCAGACCCUCGAAGGCCAUUCAAGUUCGGUUGAAUCAGUGGCCUUCUCGCCCGACGGCCGCCUGCUAGCGUCCGGCUCUUGGGAUAACACAGUGCGGCUCUGGGACCCAGCGACGGGCGCGCUCACUCAGACCCUCGAAGGCCAUUCAGGAUGGGUUGAAUCAGUGGCCUUCUCGCCCGACGGCCGCCUGCUAGCGUCCGGCUCUGGGGAUAAGACAGUGCGGCUCUGGGACCCGGCGACGGGCGCGCCGCUCACUCAGACUCUUAAAGGCCAUUCAAGUAUAGUUGGAUCAGUGGCCUUCUCACCCGACGGCCGCCUGCUAGCGUCCGGCUCUUGGGAUAACACAGUGCGGCUCUGGGACCCGGCGACGGGCGCGCCGCUCACUCAGACUCUUAAAGGCCAUUCAAGUGUAGUUGGAUCAGUGGCCUUCUCACCCGACGGCCGCCUACUAGUGUCCAGCUCUUGGGAUAAGACAGUGCGGCUCUGGGACCCGGCAACGGGCGCGCUCACUCAGACCCUCGAAGGCCAUUCAGAAUGGGUUGGAUCAGUGGCCUUCUCGCCCGACGGCCGCCUGCUAGCGUCCGGCUCUCGGGAUAACACAGUGCGGCUCUGGGACCCGGCGACGGGCGCGCUCACUCAGACCCUCGAAGGUCAUUCAGAUUGGGUUGAAUCAGUGGCCUUCUCGCCCGACGGCCGCCUGCUAGCGUCCAGCUCUCGGGAUAACACAGUGCGGCUCUGGGACCCGGCGACGGGCGCGCUCACUCAGACCCUUAAAGGCCAUUUAAGUAUAGUUGGAUCAGUGGCCUUCUCGCCCGACGGCCGCCUGCUAGCGUCCGGCUCUGGGGAUAACACAGUGCGGCUCUGGGACCCGGCGACGGGCGCGCUCACUCAGACCCUUAAAGGCCAUUUAAGUAUAGUUAGAUCAGUGGCCUUCUCGCCCGACGGCCGCCUGCUAGCGUCCGGCUCUUGGGAUAACACAGUGCGGCUCUGGGACCCAGCGACGGGCGCACUCACCCAGACCCUCGAAGGUCAUUCAGAUUCGGUUGAAUCAGUGGCCUUCUCCUCUAUGCCCCAUCAAUCUCACGCGGCUCCAAGCAUCUCUAUUGAGCACAGCCAGUGGAUAGCAUUGAAUGGCAAAAGGGUUCUGUGGCUUCCUAUCGAGUCUCGACCUAGCACUUUCAAGAUAAAAGCCAAUGUACUUGCCCUAGGACAUGCAUCAGGGCAGGUUUCCUUUGUUAGAUUUCGUAUGUAA